AUGCAAAUCUUUGUGAAGACUUUGACUGGUAAAACCCUCACCUUCGAAGUUGAACCAACUGAUACCGUUGAAUAUAUAAAGCAAAAGAUUCAAAAUAAGGAAGGAAGGAUUCCAUUGAACCAGCAACGUCUCAUAUUCUCUGGCAAACAACUCGAGGACAGUCGCGCACUUUCUGAUUACAAUAUUCAAAAGGAGUCAACUCUUCAUCUCGUAUUACGUUUCCUAGGCGGUAUGCGGGUACUUGCCAAUAUUCCACUUAUGAGUCGCAGCGCGAGCAGCCUUGAUGAGGUCACUCUAAAAUUAGAGAAGAGAUUGAUAUCUGAGAAUGCAAGAUCAACAGAUGAGAUAUGCUUGUCUAUCGUACGGAAGCUUGAAAACGAUCAUAGCUACCGUGAUGGUGUUUUGGAGUUAGCUGAUAAUUUAGAUCGCGUAUCAAUUGGUAGUUUAAUGGAACAUAAUAUAAUUGAUAAAUUAUUGAACUCAUUUUCUGACAAUGGCAAGAUAUCGACGUUCUAUGACGAAAUAAUUAAGCCUUACGUCGAAAACGAUGUUGAAUGGAAGAAGUCUUCAUUCGGAAAGUUGAUCCAACAACUAUUAAGAGAAUUAGAUGAUGCUCUUAAAUAUUAUCGUUAUCAUACGCUUAAUUCGGAUCACCUAUUCAGCGUGCUAUCUAGUCGUUUCAAUAUAAAGUUCGUUUCAAUGGACAAUCAGAAUCAAACUAUAAGAAGUAGUGUUGGGCCGUGUGAGCGAUUUAGAGACAUCUCGCGAAGGUUAGCUCGUCAGAUCAAUAGAACUACGAUGUCUCGAGAUCAUUUGAGUGCUCGUCGUCGUCACAUUCCUACAGAAUCUCUAGAGCCAGAAACCUCUCGUCGGCAUAUUGUAUCCUCAGCAAUACAACAGGGCUUUUCUACUUUGGAAGAGCUUUUUGCUGAUGAACCUGAAACUUUUACAAAUGAGCCAAGUAAUAAGAAGCGAAGAGUACAUCAGAGUUCUUCUACAAGCUCUGAUACUCAAGAGAUUGAGGGUAGUACAUCACGAAAUGAAAGGGGAGAAGCUUCGGGGACGUCUCGUCGUCAUGGAAUACCACCUUUAGUUCAACAUAGUUUUUUGGAAGAACUAUUUGAGGAUGAACCAGAUUUAUUUGGAGAUAUACCAGAAUAUAUGAUGGGACGCAGGUCUCAACAAGUUGGUGAGGGAUCAGCUAAUCAAGGAGAAGCAAGUACAUCAACACGAAAUACGAGAGAAGAUGUGGUAAUUAGUGAUAAAAAUGGGACUGACGGCGAGGGUGAAUCAGAAGCCUCAUUCGAAAUAGCCCAUCGUCGUUUAGAUAAUUCAACAGAAGCCACUUUAGGUGGUAGAAGUAAUAAUGAUGGAUCUGAAGAAGAUUUAGACGAUGAACAAGAAAAUGAUGGGUUAGAAGAAAGCGAAUUGGAUGAAAGUGAAUCAGAAGUUGGAUAUUUUGAUAGAGCACGCGAACCUGUAGGAAAUCAAGGAUCAAACGGUUCAUCAUCUUCACUGUCGCAAAGUCAAAAUUCUGGUGAAGUCGAAGAUGAAUUAUUUGAUGAUGAUGAACAGCACGAUCUUUUCGAUCCACCAAAUGAUGAUGAUAACGAAUCCUAUGAAGAAACUGAUGAUGAGAUUGAUUGGCAUCUAGAGUUCUACAUUGAUGAUUUGCGCGUAAAUUUUGAUUCUACAUUAUUUGAGGUCAUUUAUCGGCAUUUGUUACGAAUCGACGUCGAACAAUCAAAAGAAAAAUUUUGGAAUAAUGAUGAUGAAUAUAUAAUUAAAUUUAAAAAAGUGGUAUCUGCUUUUCCACCAUUCCCUGACCACUAUUUUCCUACUAGAUUAGGGACCGGGAAUGAUGCCUACGUGGAGCUUGUCACGCGUUUCAUGGCAAUUCUCCAUUCUAUUUAUGCAGAUGCUGUUUCAGUUGAUAAAUAUGAUCCUAGUCCAUUCGUGUCACAAGAGCUAGAAACUCAUAUUGAUAUCGUUGUAAACCCGGUAUCUAUUUUGACGCGCGUUUUUCCUGACGCAUUUCUCAAGAUUUGUUCAGAGGUUCCAUUUGUACUUAAUCCGAUGAAGCGUCAUGAAUUCUUUAUUGGUAAGACCUUCGGUCUACUUUAUCCCGAAAGGUUUGGAAUAGACAUUAAUAAUGCUCGUAAGGUGUUAAAUCUGAUUCGUCAAGUUCUUCCCGGACCUAUGCAGGCAACACCAUCUAUAUCCAUGGACAAUUUAUUUGGGUGGAUUCGUCAAUAUUUUGAAAAAUAUGCGGUUACAGGGUCAAGACUCAGCGUUCAAUUUGAAGGAGUUGGUGGGAUUGGGGAUGGUGUAGCUCGUGAAUUUUUUUCUAAAUUAUCCCUUGAAUUUUCACAAAUUUGCCGGAAAAUGUGGGUUCAUGAUGUAAAGUACAAAAAACCCUACAAACCAACAGAUCCUAUUGAUAAUGAUAAUGGAUUAUAUCCUGCUUUGAUGAAUGAUCUAUUUGAUGAAAAAACAGAUGGGGAAUCGAAAGAAGGAAUGGAAUCAGUGGAUGAUUCAAAUGAAAUAUCUAAGAAAGAAAAUUUGAAGAGUGAAGAAUUGAGUGUCUUAGAAAGCUUUAAACUUCUUGGUCAAUAUGUUGCGAAGGUUAUAUACGAUGAUCGAAUGAUUAUAUUAAGACUGAACAGAACUUUUAUCGAUUUUUUGUUACAUCCCGAACAUUUAUUGCGCAAACUUCCAAGUGGAACUGAUCUAAACGAGCAAGAUUGUUUGAAGAUCAUUGAGUUGAUAGAGUCGGUCUAUCCAUCAUUUGGAUCUAACCUCAAGAAAAUACUUAAUAAUAAUGAACUUGACGAAAAAGAUUGCAUCCCAUACGACAUUAUGACUGGUCGUACGACGUCGGUAGUUGGAUCCGACGGGAAAAAAAGAGAGCAACCAUAUAGCGUUAAUCAUGGAAAUGAUUCGGAUGAAUGGGUAACGCGUAUAAACAUAGGUCGAUACAUCGCAGCAUGUAGAGAUUGGUUUUUCGAUCGUGGAAUAGCUCUGCAAACCAAAGCUUUCAAAGAAGGUUUUAACCGGGUAUUUCCCAUCGAAGUCAUGCGAGAAUAUACUGCGACAGAGUUCGCGUUAUAUUUUCUACAUCAAGGAGGUGAUGGAGAUUGGAGUAUAGAAACACUGAGGCAAUUUGUUCAGUCAUAUGAUGCAAACACUAGCAAUGAAGAAGUCGAGAAAGUAAUCCAAAUAAUGGCGGAUUAUGAUACAGACAGCCGAAAGCGAUUUUUACGCUUUGCGACGGGAAGCUCGAAGCUUCCAAUUGGAGGGUUUGAAGCUUUAAAUCUCAAGGUAUUUAGAGAUUCUGCUUUGGAUGAACGUGCGUUGCCUAAGGCUCGUACGUGUUUCAAUAGGCUUAUUAUUCCACCAAAUAAUUCGAAAGAAGAAUUAGUUAGAAAGUUAGAGUUUGCAUUUGCAAAUUGUCCUGAUAUUGAUCGAGGUUAA